GCCGAAUUGUUCCGUUACUAAUCAAGCGCUCGGAAGUUUCAAGUCCAAGAAACUAGAGCUCUCUCACAUUUUAUACAUACACAAUUACAUAUACACACACGUAAUCACUAUUAGCAGAAAAUAAAUUGUGUAUUAACCUGGUGAAAUUACGAUUAUGUCUGUUCAAUACGCUCCAACAAGAUUAAAAAUACCUGAAGGUUUUCAAGCAUUGUUGGAAGGGUUAGCAAGAGAAGUUUUACGAGAGCAGCCUAGUGACAUUUUAAAAUUUUCUGCUGAUUAUUUUAAAAAUCGACUAGCAUUGCGUGAAGGAGAAAGCUGUAAGAAUUCCUCUGCGAAGUCAGAGUCUACGUCUGCUAAAGAUUGUACUUUGCCUAAAAGAGACUCAGUUGUUCAACCAAAACUAUCUAUACAUAAGAAAACAUCAGUUCUUCAGCAAAAUCCUGUAGUGUCAGAAAAGAUUUCUGAAACUGCUAGAAAAGACUCUACAGCACUAUUGAAAAAAAAAGAUUCUGUUCAAGAUGAAAAAGAUAAUGUUUUGCCUCAAAAUGUUCCCUUUAGGAAAGACUCUGUACCGAAGAGAAAUUCCAAUUUGAAUUCUAUUUCCCAUGAAAAGAAUGGCGUGUCGUCUAAACAUGGUGCAAUACAAAAUGAGGCACCGCUUCUGGAUAAUACUUUGCUAAUGAACCAAGAAAGUUUAGUAAAUUCUACUCGAAGUUCCGCUGUUAAUAUAAAUAAGCGUUCGAGUUCUAUUAAGAAUGCAGAAGCUUUAUCUAGUAAACACUUGACAGAUAAUACAUCGUCACAAAGUCAAGUUCUUGAUAACAAUCAAGAACAUCAAACUAUGAUAGAGUUAUCUAGUCAUAGUAUUUCUCAAGCAGUAGUCGACGGUACUAUAAAUGAAAAUGUUGGUGAUGUUACUCACGCUGAUAAUCAUGCCAGUUUAGAAGAAGCUGAAAAAGCAGCAGUUAUUAUUCAAGCAAAUUUCCGUGGACAUCUAGCUCGUAAAGCAAUUGAUUCUAUAAAGUCAAGUUUAGAUGAACCAGUAGUCUCGGAUAUUCAGCCUAUGUUGUCUAAUAAUGAACAUGAUUUGCAAAGUAAUUAUCCUGUUUUGCCUAGUACCACAAACACUUCACCAAGUAAUGGGCGUUUGUCUCCUACAAGUCAUGUUGUUCCUCCAAGCGCCGGGCAUAUUUCCUCAAGUGUUAAAAGUAUUUCAUCAAGCAUUGAACGUACAUCACCAACAACUGGAAAAAAUUUGCAAAGUACUGGGCAUAUUCCACCUAAUGAUAUUCUGUCUAAAGCUGAUAAUACUUCAGACAAUUUUAAGAUUACAUCGCAUACAAAUGCACACAUUUCCCCAAGUACUAAAAGCAAUUCACUUAGCAAUGGACAUAUGUCACCUACAGCUGAUAAUAUUUUAUCAAGCACCGAAAAAGUUGUGUCGAGCAACGCUUUGCCUCAGACAGAAAAUAAUUUACUUAAUUCUAGAGUUACUUCACCUAGCAUUGAUCGCGUGACUCCAAGCACUAAAAGUAUUUCAAAUAGCAUUGGUCGUACAUCACCAACUGAAGGUAUUUCACCGAUCAAUGGAAAAAUUGCAACAAGCGACACUAUGUCUAAAGCUGAUGCUGGUGCAAUUAACUCACCUAACGCCGGACGUUUUUCUUCAAGCUCUAAAAGUAACUCGCUUAGUGAUGGGCAUGCUUCACCAACACCAGAAAAUAUUUUUCCGAGCAGUGAAAAAAUUCCAACUAAUAAUGCUUUGCCUCAGGCAGACGAUAAUUUGCCAAGCUCUAGGGUUACUUCACCUAGCAAUGGACACAUUUCUCCAAGCACUAAAAGUAUUUCAAGUAAUGUUGGUCGUACAUCACCAACAACUGGAGGUAUUUCACCAAGUAGCGGAAAAGUUUCACCUGGUGACUCUUUACCUAAUACCGAUGAUAAAUUACAGAACUCUAGAGUUAAUUCACCUAUUGCCAGAAAUAUGUCUCCAAGCUCUAAAAGUAUCUCACUUAACGAUGGACGUGCUUCACCAGCAACUCAAGACAUUGUAUCAAGCAGCGGGAAAGUUUCAUCUAAUAGUAAUUUGCCUCAAACUGGCGAUAGUUUACCGAACUCUCGAGGUACUUCACCAAGCGCUAAACACAUUCCUCCAAGUUCUAAAAGUACUUCGCACAGCAUUGGUCGUGCUUCUCCAACAACUGAAGGUUUUUCACCGAGUAAUGGAAAAAUACUGUCUAGUACUGCAGACAUCUUAAAUAGCAAUGAACAUAUUGCAUCAAGUGCUGAGUCUAAUUUACCAAAAAACGAACAAGCUUCAGUUCAUGUUUUGGCUAACACCAGCCAUGCUUCGCCUAGUAACAGACGUAUGUCGCUUAACAAUGUAGAUGUACCUGUCACUGGUCAUAUUACAAAUAAUCCUGAACGCGUUUCACCUACCACUGGACGUAUUACACCAGAAAUUCGAGUAGGCAGUGAAGUUCGUGUAAAUUCAAAUAAAGACACUGAACAUGAUGUUCAAAAUAAUGAAAAUGAAAUGCACACUGGUAAAAGUGCUAUCGAAAGUGAAUCUGGAAAUGUAGUUGAUGAAGUAAAUACGGUUGUCCCGGAAAACAAUCCGGUAGAUCAUCAAGGAAUAUCUUCAGAAACACAUCAAACAGAGACAGUUGAUGAUCAUAAUAAUGCAACCACCGAAUAAAACCAACCAAAAGUUUAACAUACAAAAUCUUUAUAUAUUUUUUUAAUUUAAAUGUGUAUAUUUUUUUACUUGUUAAUUUAAAAAUUUAUUAGAAA